AUUAACACUGACUAAUUGACUCUAUGUGUGACGUGAAUUAAAAUUAGCACAAUUAUCGGAUCGUGUAUAUUUAAAAUAGGGACUUCGGCUCACGUAUUAUCAUAGCAAUGGUUAUUGAUGCAAACAUUUAUAAUAUGAAUGUCAUAUCAUCAUAAUAUUGAGGAUAACUUGAAUUACAUGUUUAUAUUAAGGUUUAAACAAAAGCAGGAUAUUAAAGUGUGUUUUCACCAAUUUCUCCAGGAUUUGUUAAUUUGUUUCUCAUUAUUUUGACUUUGUUACAUUCAUGAUGUUAUGUAACAUACUAAAGACAACAUCAUUACUGUUGAAGUCAAUAUGAGCGUUUAAAAUCAUGUCGUAAGACCAAAAGAUCAAAGACAUAGACCGGAGAUGAAAAGACAAAGUUCAACAGAUGCGUCUAUUCUCUUGCCCAUACAUUAAAUCGCAUAUAGCUGCCAAGACCGUUGGAAGAGACAACAGUCACCCGUUACUUCAGAUCUUCAAUGAAAGAGCUUGUUUAAUAAGUGUCUAAACAAGAAAAUUAAAAAAAUUUAAUAAUCAUAUUUUGGAAACAAAAAUUAACAAGAACAAAGAUCAACAAGGCAUAGGCAACGUUCACAGGACGCCGAAAAGUUUUAAGUUGCUCAAAGUUAUAUCUUAAUGCAUUGAAUCUUAAAUGGAAUAUAAAUUAAUGGGAUGUGAACAUUUGUUUGUAUAGGUAAAGAAAAACGGAAAUUGUUAAUUUAGUGGUGAGAUAUGUUUUAAAUAAAUGCCCGCGAUAAAGUGAAAAAGAAAUUUUUGGUAUUAUAAAAUUAAAGAAUGAAAACCACUGAUAUGUUGAAUUUUACGCUUGACAGGAGAUAUAAUCAGUCUGAAGUGUUAAGAGACAGAGAUGGUGGUAGUUUUGACUAUGGUCAUAACCUUGAAAGUGUUUUACUUGCCGCUAUGAUAUCUACCUUAUCCUUUGUCGGAACAUUAGGAAAUAUUCCAGUUCUUAUUGUGUUUUGCCGUCGGAAAGAUAGGAAAGCUAGUAACACGUUCAUAAAAGUUCUUGCUUUCCUUGAUUUGUUAGUGUGUGCAUUCGUUAUGCCUUACACCAUUGUUUACGAGUAUCAUUUAGUGACAUCUGAUAUUGUCUGUAGGAUUUUUGAAUUUUUGAUACAUUUUUGCAUAGCAGCUUCCAAUACAACUCUAGUUGCCAUUGCGACUGAACGAUAUAUUGCGGUAUGCCAAAUCAGCAAACGAAUUAAUGUAACUACCAUCAAUCGUGGUGUUUAUGGAAUACUCUUUAUGGGAGUUCUAAUCGCAGCUCCAUCUAUUGGAACAUUUGCUGUUGUUAAAGAUACGGAGGUGAGAGAUGUACCUUGCUCAUUUCCACAUGAAAAUACUAGUGGGUAUUUUUGUCAUUUUACAUACUCAAUAAUGGGACAUGAUAUAGUAAAAGCAUAUCAAAUACUACAGAUGGCGAUGUUUUUUAUUGUUUUAAUAGCAAUUAUUGUUUUGUAUUCAAUUAUUUAUGGAGUUUUAUGGAAGAAAACUCAAAUAAGAAAGGCUUUAACAAGGCGCCGUGAAAGCAAUACACAUGGCCAAAGACAAGUCAAUCCUAUUGUUGAACAUGAUUCUUUAAUUAAAACAUAUGACACGAGCCAAGAAAAGGAAACGAAAGACGUUUAUUGCCAAAUAAAUUCUACAAUAUGUAAUGACGUCAAUAAGUAUACAUCGACUAAUUGUGAUAAUCACACAGACAAGAAAGUAGAGACCAAUGGAUUAAUAGAACAUCCUGUUAUCAGUCAAGAACAGUUCAAGUCGCCUCAUAGGACCGAUUCCAAAGUAACAUUCCAAAGCUCAUUAGAGAAAAUUGAAACGUGUAAUAAUCUCAUUAAAGACGACGAUGAACCUGUGCUUUGCCGAAGUGAGUCUGUCAACAAGAAAACACUUCAACCUGAGUUCGGAGUUGUAGAAAAAGUAAAACCUAGGCGCUCAUAUCAUCGGCGAACUGCAAAAAUGUUGUUUUUGUGUACUGUGAUAUACUUCGUUACGUGGCUACCAUUUUGGUUUGAUAUUUUCGGAUUGACUAAUUCGUUACUCUUACGUUAUGUGUUUUUCAUUGGAAACGCCACAAAUCCGAUAGUUUAUGGAAUUGUGAAUAAACAAGUAAGGCGGGCGUUUAAGAAUCUAUUUUUAGAUUGUAUGAAGGCGUGGUGCAAGGAAAAAAUAACACAAGGGAGACCGUCGACAAAUGAAAAUGUCUCGUUUUCUGGAACUAGCUUUUAAUUUUUUAAAUUCUUAAAUAAUAAUUUUGAAACUCUGCUUUCAUAUUAUCUCUGACUUCAACAGAAAAUAAUUUUACGAAUUUUGCUAAUAAAGAAAUUGCUUUAUAUUUGCCAAAUAUAUAUUUUUGUACAAACAAAUCUUCUAAAUAAAAUUACUAUUUUUAAUGUGUAAUAUACAGGUGUUG